GACCUGACAACGCUUUACAAGGUGUACCCCAUCAGCCCUGCGACAGGGCCAGGUGCAGCGCGUUCAGUAUGGGAGCUGAGUCCAGACCCCGACAUGGUCGGUCAUAUAUCGAACAAUUCUAUUGGCACUCACAACGUCAACAUGACCAAGAGAAACGUCCCCAGGGAAAGGAAUACUCCUGACGAAAAUAUUUAUGCUGACGAAGCUACUACUGGCCAAAAUCCUACUGAUGAAACUAAGAGGAUCUUUGAACUUCUUCGUGCUGGAGAUACAGAAACCGUAGAAGAAUUAGUUGAAAAAAAUGGUUUGAGUAUCCUGAGUGUACGUGACAAAUGGGGUUACACCCCAGCUCAUUGGGCAGCAUUAGACGGGAAUGUUGAAGUCAUGCGGUAUUUAGUUGAAAGAAAUGGACCAGUUGAUUUAUCUUGUCUUGGUACACAAGGACCUAAACCAAUUCACUGGGCAUGUAGAAAAGGCCAUAGCGCUAUAGUUCAAAUUCUUUUGAAGGCAGGUGUAGCAGUAAACACAGCAGAUUUUAAAGGGCUGACACCUUUAAUGACAGCCAGUAUGUUCGGAAAAUUCGCAACAGCAGCAUUUCUUCUCGGGUCUGGCGCACUAGGUCACCUCACAGACAUUAAUGGCGACACUGCACUUCACUGGGCCGCUUACAAAGGACACCCGGACUUGAUAAGGUUGCUGAUAUACAGUGGAGUAGAUCUCCAAAAGCCGGAUUACUUUGGCUCGACACCUUUGCACUUAGCAUGCUUAUCCGGAAAUGUUAGCUGCGUAAAAAUCCUCUGCGAGAAGAGCAAAAUAGAGUUAGGACCACGCGAUAAAAACGGGAAGACACCUCUCCAAUUAGCCAAGAGCCACCGGCACUCGGAAGUGGUCGCCAUUCUGGAGAACGAACAAAAACGGCGAGCGCGAUGGGUACCACCAAUAAAUGAGCUUUGGGCACUGCUAUUUGGCGGAGCGGGAAACAGUAAAGGGCCAUUAUUAUUAUUUAUGGGAUCUGUUUUAUUAUGGGGCUAUCCGAUGUAUCUGAUUAAAUGCAUACCUCUUACAUGGAAUUUCCUACGUGGUAGUCAUUACUGUUUUAUUUACUGGAACAUCGUAAUGUGGCUUUCGUGGGUCGUCGCUAAUAGACGCGAUCCCGGCUACGUUCCUCAAAAUAGUGAUACUUAUUAUAGAGCCAUUAAACAGAUUCCGUAUUUUGAUAAAUGGAAGAAAAGAAAUGUUAUUUUAUCACGAUUAUGCCAUAGUUGUAGAUGUUUUAGACCACUAAGGGCUAAGCACUGUAGAAUUUGCAAUCGUUGUGUAACUUAUUUUGAUCAUCAUUGCCCUUUUAUUUAUAAUUGUGUUGGCUUGCGUAAUAGAAUGUGGUUUUUCUUAUUCGUAAUGUGCGUGGCAAUAAAUUGUUCAUUUACACUCUACUUCGCGUGUUAUUGCAUUGCAAUUGAGGGAUUGCAAUUGAUGUACGUGUUGGGUCUGAUAGAGGCGCUAGUAUUUUGCGGACUCGGUUGGAUACUAACAUGCACAUCAGUACUGCACGCAUGCAUGAAUUUAACUACCAAUGAAAUGUUUAAUUACAAAAGGUAUUCGUACUUGAGAGACAAAAAAGGUAAAUAUUCAAAUCCUUUUAGUCGAGGACCAGUGCUCAAUUUCAUCGAAUUCUUUCUUUAUCCCCCCGACCACUAUGCCACUGACCCGCAGCAUUAUAAUAUUUUGUCCGAAGAAGCCAUGUAA